GCUUCUUUUCUCAUCAUUCCACACAAUAUCUCUUUCACAUCACUCGAUCUUUGAGCGAUCUUGACAAAUUAAAACAUUUCGAGGCUGUAAACAUUCGCCUUUUACUCUAUCCAAACUAUCUCCAAAAACCCCCACUCUUCCAACACCCACACUCUACACACACGCCCAACAUGUCAACACAACAAUUCACCAAGAAGGCCGUCCACUUCGGCGCCGGCAACAUCGGCCGUGGUUUCGUCGCCUGCUUUCUCCACAACUCCGGCUAUGAGGUAGUCUUCGCCGACGUCGCCGAUGCCCUCAUUGACAAGCUGAACGAGACCCCAUCAUACCGGGUGAUCGAAGUCGGCGCUGAGGGUACUAACGAGAACACCAUCACAAAUUACCGCGCCAUCAACUCGAGAACACACGAGGCCGAGCUUGUCGAGGAGAUUGCCACCGCUGAUGUUGUCACGUGUUCCGUCGGCCCGAACAUUCUCAAGUUUAUCGCCCCUGUCAUCGCCAAGGGUAUCGACAAGCGUCCCAGCGAACUGGCACCCAUCUCUGUCAUUGCCUGCGAGAAUGCUAUUGGUGCCACCGACACCCUUGCUGAGCACAUCAAGGACCCUCGCAACACUGCCGCCCACCGCCUGGAAGACCACCACGAGCGUGCCCGCUACGCCAACUCUGCUAUCGACCGCAUUGUUCCUGCUCAAGACCCCAACGCUGGCCUCGACGUCACUCUCGAAAAGUUCUACGAGUGGGUCGUCGAGCGCACGCCCUUCGAGGAGAUCCCCAGCAUUGAGGGUAUUAACUGGGUCGAUGAGCUCGCGCCUUUCAUCGAGCGCAAGCUUUACACCGUCAACACUGGUCACGCCACUGCUGCCUACCACGGCUACAACCGCGGUAAGCGCACCGUCUACGACGCGCUGCAGGAUAAGGCUGUUAUGGCUGAGGUCCGCAAGGCCCUUGAGGAGACGAGCAACUUGAUUAUUAGCAAGCACGGCAUCGACGAGAAGGCUCAGCGCGAAUACGCCGCCAAGAUCGUCCGCCGCAUCGGUAACCCCCAUUUGGAGGAUGCUGUUGAGCGUGUCGGUCGGGCGCCGCUCCGUAAGCUUAGCCGCAAGGAGCGUUUCGUCGGCCCCGCGGCAGAACUCGCCGAGAAGGGUGAGGACUGCACCGCGCUGCUCCGUGCAGCAGAGAUGGCUUUCCGCUUCCAGGAUGUUGAGGGCGACGAUGAGAGCAAGGAGCUUUCCAAGCUCAUGUCUGAGAACUCUCCUGAGGACGCUGUCACCAAGAUCUGCGGCAUCCAAUCUUCUGAGAAGAUCCACCCCAUGCUUGCCGCCGUCGUCCGCAAGGUUCAGGCUGACAGUGAGGAAUGACUCACCGGCAAGCUUUGACGAGUGUAACGAUUGAUGGGCAUGAAUUUUUGGAGUCUAGCAUAUAUCACUGGGACAAGCAUGGAGUUUGAGGAUAUUUAGUCAGCGCGCAUUUCAGCGCUCCUUCUGAGCAGUGCCAACCCAAUGGGUAGGCCUAGGAUUAUCUAAGUUUACAAAUCCAGUCAAGAUUUUCAAACAUAUAAUCAUUCAUCUUUACUCAUAUGUGAAUCGUGACAAAUAACGUUCUGAGGAGACAUUAUGGCAGAUGUAAGCAGG